GUGGCACUCGUGAGAGCACCGAGCGCAAGGGUUGAGAUUGUUAGCCAAUUUUCUCUUCUUCUCCUUCAUUUUCUCGCUUGCAAUCUCAGACUCUUGUUUGGUUCAUUUUUUUUCUCUCAUUUUUGUUCAAUAGAAAAUGUUUAUUGAGAAGUUUAAGGUAGAGAGCCCUAAUGUUAAGUAUACAGAGGAUGAGAUUCGCUCUGUGUACAACUAUGAAACCACUGAGCUUGUUCAUGAGAACAGGAAUGGUACUUAUCAAUGGAUUGUGAAGCCCAAAACUGUUAAAUACGAAUUCAAGACAGAUACCCACGUCCCUAAACUAGGGGUAAUGCUUGUGGGGUGGGGAGGAAACAACGGUUCUACCCUCACCGGUGCGGUUAUAGCCAACAAACAAGGAAUCUCUUGGGCAACCAAGGACAAGGUUCAACAGGCAAAUUACUUUGGUUCCCUCACCCAAGCAUCAUCAAUCCGAGUUGGGUCUUUCAAUGGAGAGGAGAUAUAUGCUCCGUUCAAGAGCCUCCUCCCCAUGGUGAACCCAGAUGACAUUGUGUUUGGUGGUUGGGACAUAAGUGACAUGAACUUGGCAGAUGCCAUGGCCAGGGCCAAGGUCUUCGAUAUUGAUCUCCAGAAGCAACUGAGGCCCUACAUGGAAUCUAUGGUUCCACUCUCUGGAAUCUAUGACCCUGAUUUCAUUGCUGCCAAUCAAGGCUCACGUGCCAACAACGUGAUCAAAGGGACUAAGAAAGAGCAGGUCCAGCAAAUUGUUAAUGACAUUAGGGAGUUUAAGGAGAAAAACAAGGUGAACAAGGUGGUUGUGCUGUGGACUGCCAACACUGAGAGGUACAGUAAUGUUGUUGUGGGCCUAAAUGACACCAUGGAGAACCUCUUGGCUGCUUUGGAGAAAAAUGAAGCUGAAAUAUCUCCAUCAACCUUGUAUGCUCUGGCUUGUGUUUUUGAAGAAGUUCCUUUCAUUAAUGGAAGCCCACAGAACACUUUUGUUCCAGGCCUUAUUGAUUUGGCCAUUAAGAGAAACAGUUUGAUUGGUGGAGAUGACUUCAAGAGUGGUCAGACCAAGAUGAAAUCUGUGCUUGUUGAUUUCCUUGUUGGUGCCGGUAUUAAGCCAACAUCAAUAGUGAGUUACAAUCACCUGGGAAACAAUGACGGGAUGAACCUCUCCGCACCUCAAACUUUCCGUUCCAAGGAAAUCUCCAAAAGCAAUGUUGUUGAUGACAUGGUCGCUAGCAAUGGCAUCCUAUAUGAACCUGGGGAACACCCUGACCAUGUUGUGGUCAUCAAGUAUGUGCCAUAUGUGGGAGAUAGCAAGAGGGCUAUGGAUGAGUACACUUCAGAGAUUUUCAUGGGUGGCAAAAACACCAUAGUCCUGCACAACACCUGCGAGGACUCCCUCUUGGCUGCACCCAUCAUCCUGGAUUUGGUCCUUCUUGCUGAGCUCAGCACCAGGAUCCAGCUUAAAGCUGAAGGGGAGGGUAAGUUCCACUCCUUCCACCCCGUGGCUACCAUUCUCAGUUACCUCACCAAGGCUCCUCUUGUUCCACCAGGCACACCAGUGGUGAAUGCACUGUCAAAGCAGCGCGCAAUGCUUGAGAACAUAUUGAGAGCUUGUGUUGGCUUGGCUCCUGAGAAUAAUAUGAUCUUGGAAUACAAGUGAAGCAAUACUAGGGGAAGAAAAUAGCGGAAGAAGAUUAGUCCAGGAACUAAAAGAACCAUUUCCCGUGUCUCUUUCACUGAUUUUGUGGCUAAUUUCCUUCAUAAAUGUAAUAUUUGUGUGAUUGUAUGGAUUUUUUUGCAUUUCUUUUUAGAUUUAAACGGUGCUAAUGUACCCGUUUGCUUUGGCUUACUUCAUUGGCCAGGCACCUUGUUUUGUCUUGGAAGUAGAUUGUAUGUAUGAUCAAGUAGUUGAUAAAAAUCUGUCAUUGCUUCUCCCCUGCUUUCGCAUAUUCACCACCUCUUCCUCCUUGGAUACUUUUACCUUUGCAAGGAUUAUGAAUUAUGAUAUGUCCUUUUUCAAUUCA